AUGUCAGCGUGCCUGGAGCGGCCCGGGGCAGCGCGGGCCUCAUGCGCAUGCCGCGUGCCCAUUGGCCCAGACGUCGGCUCCGCGCCGGCCCGCCCUUCAGAGCACUGCUGGAGCCCUGCUCAAAUGGGAGGUGUACGCAACAACUGGGGGCGGGGGCUCUACCCAUCUAACUGGAUUCAGCCACUGGAGAUAAUCAGAGAGCUGUUCUUCAUAUCUGUGCACCAGGCCACUGGAGAGAAUCAGAGAGCUGUUCUUCAUAUCUGUGCACCAGGCCACUGGAGAGAAUCAGAGAGCUGUUCUUCAUAUCUGUGCACCAGGCCACUGGAGAGAAUCAGAGAGCUGUUCUUCAUAUCUGUGCACCAGGCCACUGGAGAUAAUCAGAGAGCUGUUCUUCAUAUCUGUGCACCAGGCCACUGGAGAGAAUCAGAGAGCUGUUCUUCAUAUCUGUGCACCAGGCCACUGGAGAGAAUCAGAGAGCUGUUCUUCAUAUCUGUGCACCAGGCCACUGGAGAGAAUCAGAGAGCUGUUCUUCAUAUCUGUGCACCAGGCCACUGGAGAGAAUCAGAGAGCUGUUCUUCAUAUCUGUGCACCAGGCCACUGGAGAGAAUCAGAGAGCUGUUCUUCAUAUCUGUGCACCAGGCCACUGGAGAGAAUCAGAAGCUGUUCUUCAUAGAGAUAAUCAGAGAGCUGUUCUUCAUAUCUGUGCACCAGGCCACUGGAGAGAAUCAGAGAGCUGUUCUUCAUAUCUGUGCACCAGGCCACUGGAGAGAAUCAGAGAGCUGUUCUUCAUAUCUGUGCACCAGGCCACUGGAGAGAAUCAGAGAGCUGUUCUUCAUAUCUGUGCACCAGGCCACUGGAGAGAAUCAGAGAGCUGUUCUUCAUAUCUGUGCACCAGGCCACUGGAGAGAAUCAGAGAGCUGUUCUUCAUAUCUGUGCACCAGGCCACUGGAGAGAAUCAGAGAGCUGUUCUUCAUAUCUGUGCACCAGGCCACUGGAGAGAAUCAGAGAGCUGUUCUUCAUAUCUGUGCACCAGGCCACUGGAGAGAAUCAGAGAGCUGUUCUUCAUAUCUGUGCACCAGGCCACUGGAGAGAAUCAGAGAGCUGUUCUUCAUAUCUGUGCACCAGGCCACUGGAGAGAAUCAGAGAGCUGUUCUUCAUAUCUGUGCACCAGGCCACUGGAGAGAAUCAGAGAGCUGUUCUUCAUAUCUGUGCACCAGGCCACUGGAGAGAAUCAGAGAGCUGUUCUUCAUAUCUGUGCACCAGGCCACUGGAGAGAAUCAGAGAGCUGUUCUUCAUAUCUGUGCACCAGGCCACUGGAGAGAAUCAGAGAGCUGUUCUUCAUAUCUGUGCACCAGGCCACUGGAGAGAAUCAGAGAGCUGUUCUUCAUAUCUGUGCACCAGGCCACUGGAGAGAAUCUUCUUCUUUUUUUGUGUCCCUCUGAGCACCACACCCCAUGGAUGGUGACGCUCUCUCGUGUGUGCUUAGCAUGCACCCAGACUGAUUUGCCCUCUCGGCAGGUGUAA